CCCGGGCUCGGACCCGCUCCCGGACCCCGACUCGGACCCCGCCCCGGGCCCGCGCCAGAUAUGAAAAUACAUCUGGGGAAAAAUUUAGAGGAAGAACGCCAAAUAUUACUGCAGCAACAGAAGAUAUGUCGCAGCCGAGCACGUAAAUACUUUGUGGAGUCAAACCGGCGAAGAAAAGCUUUUGAAGAGAAACGAAAAGAACAAGAAGAAAGAGAAUACCAAAUCAGAGAGCAAAUACUUCAGCAAAGAAAACAGAAGUUUGAGGAAGUUACAGAAAAAUUCCAACGUGCUCAUAUUCCUUUUUCACAGCAGAGGAGAGCAGUUUUUCAAAAGUCAGUUCCUCCUCUAGAAGAGGCUCUCAAACAAAUUCAGGAAUCCAAUUUAAAAUCAGAAGUAAACCUUCCCUCUUCCCACAGACCAACAAUAAACUGGAGAGCUGUAGAUAAUGCCUUGCCCUUAUCCUUGUCAAAAAGUGAUCACAAGCAUCAGAAACCUCUCUUAUUCGACAUCACGUGUGAUCAAGAAAGGAAGGGAAACAGCGGGGAAAACCUGGCUGCUAAUAAAUAUGUGUUCCAGCUUAAACUGGAGGAGACUCAGAAACUCUUAGAAGAUCAGCAUCUAAGCAGUUUGCAAGAGUUUUGUCAUGAAGUGAAUCAGAUAACCAAUUCUGAAGUCCUGUCCAGUGUAGACAGUCUGGAGGCUGGGGACCAUGAAAAACCAUACUCACUGCUGAGCAAGGAAGCAGCCACCUCAGCCCAGAAGAAGUCUGUGGUCCCAGAAUCAGCAAAUCUACAGUCAACCAACCUUCACAAAAGGUGCUUUCGUCAAGACACGCUGUCAUUCUCUAAAGUUCAACACAUAAAUAAUUGGCUUACAAAUUUAGAUGCCCCAAGUCUUCAGACUGGCGUACCUUUCUCAGAUAUUUUAAGUCAACCCAGUGUUCUAGCUUCACAUGAAAGUUUUGAUAGUAAAGGGGAAAAUCCUUUUGAUCUGAACAGAACUAUGGAAGGAGUCACAAAUUCAGCUGAUAAUCCUGUAACCUUUGUAAGUGCUUCGCCCACAUUUGUCCAAGAUAACAAAAAGAAAAUUCCCUCUGAAACAAGCAAUGUGGGGGCAGUCAGCUCCUCCGCUGCAGCCUUCAGAAUGGAGAAGCCUCUAGUUACUAAGAGCCCGAGACUUGAAUUCCAGAAAGCCUGGAUCACUACAGAUUCUCUCCUCAAGGAAAUGCCUCCGUUUUCAGAUCACGAGAAAUAUUCUGAAUUAACUCAAGGAAAUGGACCGACUUCAUUUGUCCCUGCAGCAAAUCCUUUACUCUUGCCAUCUGAUACACAGCCAGCAAGGCUUUUACCAAAAAAAAGUGGAUUUAUAAACAUUAACACAGGACAGUGUUCUUUUAAAUUAGGGAAACCAAAAGAUGUUAAAAAAGAAAAACAAUAUUUGCAUUGCUAUAAGCAAAAGUUGCCUUUAUUUUCAGAUAUUUUUCAAGCUCCGUGUAUACCUCACAACUCUGUUGCAAAUAAUGAACAGAAAAUAGCUGAAACAUUAUCACCUGAUGUAAUUUCUAAUUCUGACUCGGGUGAUCAGCACAAGAAAAUACAAUACAGCAUUCAUGAAAGAAAUGGUAUAAUAUUUCUUAAAAGUAUUUUAAAAAAAGAAUCUAAAUAUGAACAUGAUUAUGUUAAGGCUCUAGUUUUAAACCAAGGUUUUAAAAUAGGUCAUAAAAAAGCUGCAGCUAUUAGAGAUAGUAUUGAAUUAACAAAAGAAAAAGGUGAUGGUACAGAAACUCUAAAGACCAUCAAAAAGCUCCGAUGGUUUGACGAAACUGGAAAUUCAGGAAAAAAUGUUGAAGGGAAUAAUUCACUAAAUAGAAUAGAAUUCCCUGAAGCGUGUUCUCAAACGCUCUAUACUGAAACCGUAAGUGAUUCUGCCGCCAUCGUAAUUCCAGGUAGUACUAUAAGUUCUGGUGAUGUCAAAAAGCCAAAGGAUGAUUCUGUCUCAGAAAAUGUCCCCAGUUUAAAAGGAUUUGGAACAGCCCAAGUAUCUUUGAAAUGUUUUAUUCCUUCAGGUUAUAAGUUCGCUAAACAGGCCUGGCUAGCCUCAGAAAAAGAGGACAGUCCAUCCCCUGCCCCCAGUGGUGGUUCUAGAGCUCAGAGGGUUGGCCCGCAAAGAGGUGGAGUGAAAGUCAUCAGAAGAACAAGGCCUGCUAAAGUCCAGGCAGGCUCCAUGCAUCCAAAUAGAAAAGGCACUGUCAUUCGACCACAGUCUACAUGCAAAGCCAACAUGCUUUUACAAGCUCCGAGUAAACCUUUUAUACCUCAUCCUCCUUCUCAGCCUCCACCAAAUAUUAGAAGUGGUAAAAAAUUUCAAGUGUUUCAGUGUCAGCCAAGAAUGCCUGAAGAGACUCAAAAUAUUGCAAGUAACUGUUUUAAUCCCAAAUAUUCACUUCCAACAGAACACAAAUUGAGUCAGAAAAGUGACCUCCCGUUCUCAGCUGUUUGUUCUGAGCUAGCUACUGUGAUGUCAUCUCAGACAGGUUACUCGGAAGGCCAAACCUUAGCAACAAGAAAUCAUUUCAUUGGCACUCAGAUGGGUACUCAGCAAAAUGGGACAUUCUACUGUACCCAGAGAUGUCCUGGUGGUGAAGAAACUCAAGAGACUGUUACCCUGGGGACAAAGCAACAUAAUAUUCUAGAUAAAAAUGGAAAAACUGCUGAUUCUGCUGCUAUCAGAGGAAAACAAAAGGCUGAAAAUAAGCGGAGAAUUCUUUUAGAGCAGAAAAGACAAAAUCCUAGAUCUGUAGAACAAAGGUUCUGUGAACAGAUAAAUAAUUUUUGGACCAAACUAACCAGCCUAAGAUCAAAUGAGCCAAAACAAAGUAGAAGUGCUUCUCACAUUGAUCAAGUUUCAGAAAGUACUUGUGAAUUUCUAAUGGCUGAACACCUAGUAAAAGCUUCAAUGGCCAAAGAUCAAAUUCUAACUGUGCUAAAUAACAAGCAAGAACAGAAACCAAAUCUGAGUUUAAAUGAGACACAGAAAUUCGGCCUCUGUGCACUUUCAGCUGAAGAACAGAAGGUUCUACAAGCACUUGAUCAUAUCAAUAAAAGAUUACACUAUGUACAAGAAACUAUUUGCAAAAAUCCAUCCAUCAAAAAUACAUUAAAAACAAUGCCACUUCUUAACAACCAUCCCAAGACCAACUUAUCUCCAGAUAUUGGAUCCAGACUGCAGCGAAAGUACUGAUGAAAUGUACUAGUUACUACUAGAUGCACUUACUUGAGAAUCCUAUAAAUGUUUAUUUUUUAAAUUUAUGAUUUUAAGCACAAUAACCAUAAAGUGAAAGUAAAUCAUAACAUGAGU